AUAGAUUGAACCUAACCCAGAUUUAACCUAACAUGACCAUAAACGACUUGUCAAUGAUUGAAGAAUGCAUUGUACGAGUAUAAAUGAUAAUGUCUUAUCAAAAUUCACAAUUUUGCACGAUGUACGAUCGUCAAGACGAUUAUGAUCUCGACGAAGACAACGAGGAAUAUUUGGAAGAAGACAGGGACGCCGAGGAACAAGAUGAUAGCGAUGAAGAUACCGAAGAAGCAAGUGAAACUGAUAUGGGAGAAAGAAAAUCUGAAGAAUAUACAGAAAUUAAAGAACAGAUGUAUCAAGAUAAGUUAGCAAGCUUGAAAAAACAGUUACAGCAAUUGAAAGAUGGGACACAUCCUGAAUAUAAUCGAAAAAUAAAACGAUUAGAAACACAAUACAAAGAACGAUUGAGAUUGAAUAUAAUCUAUCGAGACUAUUUGACAGAAUGGGUUGAACGAGAUUAUAUAUUAGAGAAAAAAGCAGCGGUGAAAGAAUUUGAAGAGAAAAAAAUUGAUCUGAAGGAAAAUCUGCUUACCGAUAUGGAAGAAAAGAGGAAAAUAAUUGAAUCAGACCGUCAUACAAUGGAACUUACUGGUGAUUCAAUGGAGGUGAAACCAGUAAUGACAAGAAAAUUACGCAGACGUCCCAAUGAUCCAGUACCUGAAAAAGUAGAAAAACGACGAAAACCACCUCCGGCAACAUUAAAUUAUAUAUUGGAGGAUAAAGAGAUCGAGCUCGAUUUGAAAGCGAUUAAUCGAGCGAAAACGUCUGCAGCUGUUCGUAAACCAGUUUUACCACAUUACAACGCAGUAAAUAUAUCAUCUCAACAUAUACCACAACCGCCUGAGACUCCAUUGGUGGAAACUCGGAUAGAGGAUGGCAAAUUGUCAUAUGAACGAAGAUGGUUUCAUCGUGGUCAACCUGUUUAUGUUGAAGGCAAGGAUCUUAACAGAUUCGCAGCACAUAUUUCGGCAAUUGGUACUGAAGCAAUCUGGGUGAAAAAGGUUUCAGACAGCAGCAAAGUACGCAUUUACAUAUCGCAAUUGAGUCGUGGGAAGAUCUCUAUCAAACGACGAGCCUCUUAAUCAAUGUCUCGAUUAACUUGAUAUCCAUUGUUAGAUCUCUAUAUUUCGUUUUUCAUUUCUAAUUUCUAAAACAGCAUUUUUCCGCGUCAAAUUAAUUAUCUUCACAAUGCUGGACUUCUGCCACCAAUGAAACCAUGCUUUUUGAUGAUAUUGUAAUGUCAUGUAAAUCCAGACGAAGAAAGAUAAAAUCAGUAAUGCCAUCAUUGACAACAGGGAGCAGGUGGUCCAUCGCGCGGGUGGGAAAUUGUCGUAAUUGUUCAUAGCAUAAAAAUCCGCAGCGACUACACAAAUGUAGGAACACGCGAUGGUUACAGGAAUGACUAUAAGACAUCUGAGUAAAUCGGCUUUCACAUUGCGAACGUACAUUUGAUGCUCAUCCUGAUUCAGGCA